AUGAGGCUCAUUGACCAAACACUGUCCCCCGCGUGUCCCCCUUAUUCACGUCUCAGCCCUUCCUCUGUUCGGAGUCACGUUUGCUUCCUCUGCCACCAGCCACUCUUUUCCGCACUGUUUUACUUGAAACACUAUAUUGUGGCAGAGGGCACUCUAGGAUACCUGGUGGAAGGUAUUAAUUUUAUUCUGAAUUUAAAAUAUUUUCAAUUGUCCAUGGGGUUGUGUUGCCCUCUCUGCCCUGGAGCCCAGUUUAGCACUGUCUUCUGCUGUAUUGUUCCAAGGUUCGUUCUGUUUGAUCCUUGA